ACUUUUCACUUGCACUUUUUUUUACACCAGAAUGGGCCGCGGCAAAAUUAAGCCAUAUUUAUCCAACAAAUGAUUACACACUCGAGUGCUAUGAAUCAAAUGUGGUGCGGCUUUAUGGUGGGUUGUUGAUAUCGGCAUUCCUGGAAACUUCGCGUUUUUUAUUUAUUCAUCAGGCCCCGUUCGUUGUUUAAUCCGGUUGGAGCUUUUGUUGGCCUCCUUUUGUAUCGAUCGGGAAACAGCGCGUGUUGAUUCGCACGAAACGCGGGAACAGUGAAAUUUCUGGAGUGUGAUUGUGGGAUUCUGGCUGCCUUCUUUUCGGUUGUUUUUGUUUAGACUGUGCAGAAAAAUGCCUGAGCAGAAAUCCCCAUCCGACCGGCUGCAGCGCACGGAAAGCGGUCACAAUCUGCCGCCGACCUCCUUAUCCAUGGUCAGUUUACAGCAGAACGCCCAGCGUGUCGGCUUCCUGCUCAAGCACGAAAAGGGCUUCUUCAAAAGCCUCUUUGGACGCUCGUGGAAGCGGAAGUACUGCAUUCUCAGUGGAUACCAUUUCUACUUCUUCAAAAAUAAGAAAGGAGCGGGCAAAGACGGCGGCAGUAAUGGAGUGAUCAAUCUGCGCUACUUUGAUCAGUGUACCCUGCCCACGGAGAAACAGUGCAGUUUGCCACAUGUCUUCCGCUUAUCCAGCAGCCAGAAGAGCGAUAAUUAUUCAUUCCUUUUCCAGGCCGACUCUGUCGACGAGAUGCAGCGAUGGAUGACAGACAUUCAGCUGGUGAUCUUCCAAUGCCAGACCCAAGGCCGCACCAGUGCCGGUCCGCAGGCCGCCUCCCGGCAGGGCAGUCAGCCGGGCAGUCCGUUGGCCGCGCGUCAGCUGGAUCCCGCUGUCCACGAUCACCACAACCGGCACAGCAGCAUACCGGAAUCGGGAUCAGCCGGAGUGUACCGCACCACAUCUUCCGGCGAUGAAAGGGACGGUGGCGAUUACGACAAUCAAGAACACGAGCCGGCGUCGCGCUCCGAAUCGCGCAAUGCCAAACCAGUGGAGAUGUUGGUGCCGAGAAUGCCCAAAUACAAUCAGGUCGUCAGUGAACUGCAGCUGAAACUCCACCGCCCCGACCCCUCGGACACCUCCCCCACCCCCCACAAACCCGCUUCCCGCCACCCCAGCAGCGUCCCGCCGGUGUCCCCGCGUCCCGACUCCUCCACCAGCUCUUCCGGCUCCUCCUACCCACCCCACACCCCUCCCGGCCACGUCAUCGAACCCCCGGCGCCCUUCCGCCUACCGCCUCUCCCCGCCACACCCGGCCUGAAAUCCCCGCACAAUCUUGACGCCCAGUUCGACAGCGUCCUGCAGAUGAUGGAGCAUCUGCAGACGGAGGUGGAGGAGGAGCACGUCAACGGGGUGGCCUACGCCGUGCCCUACAAGAAGGACCAACGCCCCGCCGUCCCGCCAAAACCCAAACGGGAACUGUACGAGAACCUCCUGGCUAACCACGUGACACUGCAAGUGAGUCCUGUGGUGGGUGUGACGGGAUGAAAAUGCGAUGGCAUGGAACGUGUCCUAACAUUUGGAUGUACUGUAUUUGUUAUUUUUCCCGGCAGCUUUUGGCGUGCUGUGAAUCAAACACGAAGCUUGUUGGUGUGGCUGAAUGAUAAUCAGUGUUCUUGGCUUUUUGUUGUUGGGGGCUCGGCUCGCGAUGUUAAGGGGUGAUGGGGGUGUUUGCUUUAACAGAGUGGGUGUGCUGCAUAUCCGUAGGACGUGGAGAAAAUGUACAUGAUGGCGUGUAAGGCGCUGAUCCGGGCGGAAACGGCCAGGGAGGCGUACGAGGGACUGCUCAGCGAGGCCAGGAUCAAGCAGCGACACCGUUAUGCCAAUAUACGCGACUUCUAUUGUUAACGGUUUAACCACAUUGUCAGAUUUGAGAUUGUACACUACAACACUAUUAUUUUAUUGUUUGUGUCAGAUGGAAAUGGUGAUUGUUGUUGUUUUUGCUAUGCAAAUUAAAGUACAUCGUAAGAAUUAAAUGCCUGGCUUGUCA